AUGCUGCUGAGGAGAAGACUAAGUUCACUGUUAUCGACCUCAAUCUGCAACCUCCCAAUAAAAAGCAGGAAUCCCGUUUCCCGUAUUUCCCCAAAACAAAUCCCUUCCCUUGAAUUCUUGAGGAAUUAUACCAGCCGCAAUCAUUUCUGUAAUGGGGUUCUUGGGUCCCAAUUACUUGGAAUGAAUAUGGGUUUGGGCCGGAGGAGCUAUUCGAGUCUGUUGGCCUUGAAUGAUUUGAGUGAUAAAAAGGGAUCCACGACACAGAAGACCCGGAAAGGACGUGGUAUUGGGUCGGGCAAAGGGAAGACUGCAGGGAGGGGUCAUAAAGGGCAGAAGGCUAGAGGGACUAUGAAGUUUGGGUUCGAAGGUGGCCAAACCCCCCUUCGCCGUCGUGUUCCUAAACGUGGGUUUAAGAACCCGUUUAGCCUUACAUUCCAGCCAGUUGGUUUGGGUAAGAUUGCCCAGUUAAUCAAUGCUGGCAAGAUAGACUCAUCAGAGUUGAUCACCAUGAAAACUCUCAAGGAUGCUGGAGCAGUUGGGAAGCAGAUAGAAGAUGGAGUUAGGCUGAUGGGACGUGGUGCAGAACUUAUUGAGUGGCCUAUUCAUCUAGAGGUUUCAAGGGUUACCGUUCGGGCAAAAGCGGCUGUCGAAGCUGCUGGUGGAUCUGUGAGGAGAGUUCAUUACAACAAAUUAGGCUUCAGGGCUCUACUCAAGCCUGAGUGGUUUGAAAAGAAGGGCAGGUUGCUUCCUAAAGCGGCACGGCCUCCACCAAAACUACAAGACAAGAUGGUUGGACCGGGAAUGAAGAAUAUAGGGAAAAAUCCCAUCAUCCAAACUGAAAACAGGCAAUGCUUCUCCAGAGGAAAACGAGUCCAGGCCAUCUCUACGCCAAGUAUCCAAGAGUUUAAUUUGCGAGAUGAAGAACUAAAUGAUGAUGUAGAUGCAUCAUCAACCGUAAUUGUUCCACGAGUUGGAACUAAGCGUCCACUGGUGUUACCAGAGAAUUCCAUGGCGAAAGAUGCUCAAAACACAAGAGACUUGACUCCUACUAGGAAUGAGGAGCAAAUUGUUCAAGCUCCUGCUAAGGCUACCUGCAUAACUAAAGCCUCUUCGGCAAAGAGAGGAAUUACAAGAAAUACCCGACUAGCUAACAAAAGGAAUGCAAAUGAACCUGUUGUGGUGGAAUUUGAUGAAUCCUUCAAGCGUAUAGUUGGUCCAAGAUCACAAGACUUCAUUCAAGAAUUAGGUUGUGUUGUCCGUAAAAUGGCGGAUUUCACUUUGAAGAAUUUCCAGUCACAAAAAGAGACUUUGAUCGAUGACAUCAUCAAGAAUGCAUCGGAUGGCGUUCGAUAUGAGGAUGGACAUUUAGCAAGAGAAUGUACUUUUAAGCAAUUGGUGUGUUGUCCAUGUCGUGUCAUUGAGGCGCGAGUGCAAGAAUUGGAAGCUUUGUUGAAGGGCUUUGAAGUAGGUGACAUUGGAGUUCAUGAUGAGGUUGUCAACAAGCAAUUGGUGAACUUUAGUGACAAGGUGCUUCGUGUGGAACAAGAGCUUUAUAACCUUAAGCAAGAGCAUGAAGGUAUGAAGGGAGGCAUCUUCAAGGAGAUCGAGUCUAUGCAACGAGAUUUGAUCCAACAUUUUAUUGAGAAAGAUAAUGCGUUUUUUAUGGGAGAUAGAGAAUUAUAUCGAGCAUAUCAUAGAGUUUUGUUGUUGGAAUUGCGAAAGAAUAGAAAUAUUUGGAAGAAGUGUAAUGAUUCUUGGAAAGAACAAGGUGUUGCUUUGAGAUAUACUCCUCAUUGUGUUGAGUCAAACGUGGAUCAUGUCUUUUGUACUAUAGGUGCGAUAGAUCGGGUUGAUAAUUUGAUUGUGGCUAUCGAUGGGGGUAGUAGCAUCAAUUGGAUAAGUGAGGAGUUUGUUAGAGUUUUGGAAGUGAAGGACUUAAGUGAACAUUACAAAUUACGGUUGUUGCAUGGUGGAAUGGAAUUGAGCGUUACUCAAAGUGUUAAGGUGGAUCUUCGCAUUGGGGAUCUUGUUUCGAGUGAGUUGCUUGAUAUAGUACCUAUGACGGCGUGUGAUGUUGUUUUGGGUCUUCUUUUCAUUAAGAAGUUGGGAAUGGUCUUUGUUGGUUCAUUGAAUGUGUUCUCAUAUCGAGAUCAUGAACAUAGAUUGGUGGAAUUGAGAUCAUUAUCACCGUGGGAGAGUGAGCAUAUCAUGUUCAAGAGACGUGAGCUUGUUAGAGCAUUGUGCAAAGUGACGGAUGUACAACAAAAUAAGAAGGAAGUUGGUGGUCCAAGGUUGUUUCCGUUUAAGAAUAGAAGAAAGUUUACUAUGAGAACUUGGGCUUCUUUGAAGGACUAUUCACCAAUGCCUUCUAAUGGGAACAAUGAGGUUGAAGAAGAAUCGCUUAAUCAUAAUCAAGUGUCUGAGGAGUCAAGUGGUGAUUUCCCUAGCAAGUGGAGUGAUUCAAGUGAUGAAGAUUCAAGUGAUGACUAUUCACCAAUGCCUUCUAAUGGGAACAAUGAGGUUGAAGAAGAAUCGCUUAAUCAUAAUCAAGUGUCUGAGGAGUCAAGUGGUGAUUUCCCUAGCAAGUGGACUGAUUCAAGUGAUGAAGAUUCAAGUGAUGUCUAA